UGUUUGACGGUCAGUGUAGUACGAUUUGCCAACAUGAAUAUCGCGGGGUACCUUACACUGAUUGCCGUCGUCAUCAUCGACAAAACCGCGGCAGUCUCUCUUCUCACAGGCGGCAAUGUAAAUAACACUACUAACCAAAAUCUCGUCGGAGUGGAUAGUCAAACCUUGGACGUGUUCAGACAACUGCUAAAUCAAGAAACUAUCAUCAGAAUGAACUUGGUUAAAAAUGUCGACGCGUUGAUGAAAAACGUCGCUGUGGCCGAACAGAAAAUUUCAACAAUAGAAGCAUCCACUGAUCAAGAAAUAUCGGUACUGAAAAAGGAGGUCCAAGAAUUAAAACUUGAAAACCACGUGUUGAAAAAUAAGAGUAGAGUACAACGUAGGCGCCUCGCUAAUAUCACUGGUUACAUGAAUAAAACAGUAGACAGUCUGAAGGUCGAGCUGAAGGGCGCGCAGAUUGAACAACUGAAGAUAUCCUCCGCUGUGACCUCUCUGGAGAUGUUCCGAAUGAAUCUGAACAACAGUAAACUUGAUCUUCAAAAGAAAGUGGCCUUCACCGCGGGGGUGAAGUCUAGCAGUAUUACCUUGAAGAAUGGGACGUUAGUAUUUCCGGCUGUCAUUAACAACAUCGGGGGUGGAUACAAUCCCAGUACGGGUGUUUUCACGGCCCCUACAGAGGGACACUACGUCUUCUUCGUCACUGUUGUGGAAUAUCAGAAACAAAACAGUCAGGUUGACAUUGUUCUGAAUGGGUCGUCAAAGGUCAGAACCAUGGGACAUUCAGAUGCAGCUUACCAGACGGGAGCAAACAUGGUUGUCCUGCGGCUUCAGCAGGAAGACACGAUGUGGAUCAGAUAUCACCAUGGUAAAGGUUAUCUCAGCAAUAGUAUUCCCAUCACAACGUUUUCUGGCUUCCUCCUCUAACUUAAACAUACCAAGGUCAGAGGUCAGAUUGAAAUUCUUAUAGUGUAAUCCAAUACUUACAUGUAGAUACUACAUAGAUAAUCAACGUAAAUCAUAACUGAAACAUUACAGCGUUUAUGUCCAAAUAAACACCCCUACCCCGGCGCUUAUACUUGUUAAGCAAUAAUCAUUCUCGUGUUCCUAUGUGAUGAAAAUGAUCGUGUUUAUAUAUAACAAGCAUUCUUGUGGUGAUAUGAAAUAUUCCCUCUCGAAUUUACAUGUAAUAAACAUGAUCGUGUUCAUAUGCAAUAAUCUUACUCGACUUUAUAUGUUGUGUUGAUAUGCAAACACUGUAGGGUUUUCACGUAAUAAACAUCGUGUUUUAUAUUAUAAACAAAUGUGUUUUUAUAUGAAAUAAUCAUUCUCGAAUCUAAAAGUACUAUUUUUCUCGUGUAAAUGUAAUAACUAUUCCCGGGUUUAUGUGUAGUAAAAAAAAAUUUUUAUAUGUAAACAUUGUAUUGUGCUUUUGUGUAAUAUCAUUCUCGUGUUUAUAUAUGAUAAUCAUUCUAGUGUUUAAAUGUAAUAUUCACUUUUGUGUUUAUAUGUAAUAAUCAUGUUUGGGUUUAUAUGUAAUAAUCAUGUUUGGGUUUAUAUGCAAUACUCAUUCUAGUGUUUAUCUGUAAUAAUCAGUCUAGUGUUAUAUAUAAUAAAGAUUCAUUUUACACUCUCUCAUAAUUAUAA